ACGCAUUGAAUUUUCUUGGCUCCUUACAGAUCUCUCAGCUACUUGGAAAUAAAAUAUCACAUUAAACAAAAGGCAGAUGCCAUUUAGCCCAAGAGCUGCUGGGAGACAGCGCGAGAGAUGCUCGCUCUCAUUUCCUCCACUCAGCUUCUCCAAUCUCCAGCUGUGUAUUUCCCAGACAGAAUGAAUACACUGAUCUUACUCCCAAUCCUACAGAAAGGCAUUCUGAACUGUUUUCACAUGAAGUAAGCAGAGAAUCCUAUGAUCAGACCCUGCAUGCCGCCAGGAGGAGGAGAGGAGUGUGUGCAUUUGAGGGCUUGGCACAGCAGCCCCCACAGAGUACAGAGCUCCAGCAGACACUGGGGCACAGGAUAUCCCAAUGCCAUCAGGCUACAGAGGGACAAAACCUGUCUGUAUUUCUGGAGUGAUGUGGGAUCCCAGCAACUGACUCUAUUGGAGGCUGGAAUCAGCCUGACUGGGAAUGAGGGGCUCAAAGUACCCCACUGUUACAGUCCCAGAUGUUCUGUGGAUUCUUGGCAAAGGCCACCUGAGGAGAAAGUGUGAAAAAGGAGGUUCACUCUGCUGUAAAAAUUUAAAAGUUAAAUAAAGGAUUACAGGAGACGAAGACAAUAAAGCAAAGAUUUACAGCUGGGUGCUUGGCAUUCUGCCAAGAACACACCUGCUAUUUCUGUCUUUAUGUAAAGAUGCCCUUUACAUACCUUUCCUAUUACAUCAGCCUAUUGCAUAGUCAUAAACAAUUAUGUAUAUUUAAACUUUUCCCCAAACUAGUUUACAUGUUCCAAGAACUGUUUAGCAUGGCUCCUCCUCGGGUCUGCCUUUUUAGAGCAUGCACAUUUUUUGGCUGUAGUUUUGGUCACUAUCAAAAGCCUCACUAUAACCCAGGAAACCUUCAUACAACAUCUUUCUGGCAUGAGGCAGGUGGCUCAUAGUAGGAUAUCAAAUUAGUUAGAGAGGAUUUUCCCAAUAUCAAAUAAUUUCUAGGACAAUGAGAAAUACUUCUGGCACAGACUUUGAAGCAAGAACAGCUGUGAGAAGUAACACUAAGGGGCAAGUUGAGGGGAAAUCCAAGAGUACUUCAGAUGUCAUCCAUUAGAAAAACAAUUGCUCCCAUUUCAAGUGAAUUUCUCUGAAGUAUGACUGUGAAGUCCCAGGAAAACCUCACCUUCAUUUCCUGGGUAACCUGUCAACAAAAACAUCAGUCUUACAGAAGAAUGAUCCUUGCUCUUUAAAUAGAGUCACACCCCAAGUUAAUCCCCGGAUGUUUAAGGCUUAAUUUCAUUUUAAUUCUUCGAAGUUACUUCCUUAAGGAGGUGAUCAAAGUUCACCUCUCAUCUACAGACUGAAGGCGUGGCAAUCAUUCUUACCUGACAACAGGUAAAAUCCAGCUCUAGUUCUAAAACACCGUAUUUUGUGGGCAUUGAGCUGGAUCUCUGCUUAUCUUAAAACUCUCAUUGACAUUGAAGCUCCGUUUGCACCUUAUUGCCUACGUCACCAACACAGAGCCCUCAUACAGCAGAGGAGAUUUGACCUUCAGGCAACAAAGUGAGUUUUAGGCAAAGAGAUACCACAUUUAAACUUCAGGAUCUGAUUCUUCUGUUCAUUUUCCUUCCCUUCCGCCGCUGGAAAUUUCUCUGGCAAGAGGAAGAAUACCUGUCUGAUAUCAGUGCUCAUCUUUGCUGAGUAAGGCAGGUCAGCUGCAGGAUUAUCCCACCCCUUGGACUGCAGGGAUGGAGCAGAGGAGAUGGCUCCAGUUGGCUCUGGCACUGCUUCUGGUUAUCCCUUUCUCAGGUGCAUCUCAGUGGGUCCCUGCCUCCUGGAUACAGCUCGCUUUAUUCCUUCUCACACUGGCUGCUGGUGCUGUUCUGGUAUUUCAAGGAAAGAGAGUGGACUCCCUGGAAACUGUUUGGCUGAAGAACCACCAGCACCUCUACCAAAAAAUUCAGACUCUGCAGGAAGCUUUCCAGAAUGAGCAGGAGUCCACACGGCGUGAUAUUCAGCUCCUCAGAACUGACCUGGAGAAUGAACUGGGAUUUACCAUAGAGGCAAAUACUACAAACACUCUGGAAUCCAUGUGGAAGAAGGACCUCCAUGAAAUGUCCCAACAAGUUCAAGCUCUGCAAAAAGCUUUCCUAAACACCCAGCUGUACACACAGCGAGACCUUCAGAUCAUCAGAACAGACCUGAAGGAUGAACUAGGAAAGACAGUGGAGGCAAAUGUCACAGGGAAUAUAGCAUGCAUAUGGCAGAAGGAUCUCCUGCAUGUCUCCCAACAAAUUCAAACUCUGAAGCAAACUUUCCAGAACAUGAAGGUUGCCAUACAGCGUGACCUUCAAAUGACCAGAACAGACCUGGAGAACAAACUAGGAAGGACAGUGGAGGAAAAAACAAGCAGCUUAGAAUCCAGGCUGGAGAAGGACUACCAUGAAGCCUCCCAACAAAUUCAAACUCUACAGAAAAAUCUCCAGAACAUGUAUGACACCACACAGCGUGACCUUCGGAUGAUCAGAACAGACUUGGAGCAUGACCUAGAAAGGACAGUGGAGGCAAAUACAAGGACCAUGGAAUCCAUGUGGAAGAAUGACCUUCUGCACUACUCCCAACAAAUGCAAACUCUGCAGGAAGCAUUCCAGAACAUGCAGCAGUCCACACAGUGUGACCUGCAGACGAUAAGAGCAGACAUGAAGAAUGAACUAGAAAGGACAGUGGAGGCAAAUACAAGGACCAUGGAAUCCAUGUGGAAGAAUGACCUUCUGCACUACUCCCAACAAAUGCAAACUCUGCAGGAAGCAUUCCAGAACAUGCAGCGGUCCACACAGUGUGACCUGCAGACGAUAAGAGCAGACAUGAAGAAUGAACUAGAAAGGACAGUGGAGGCAAAUACAGGGACCAUGGAAUCCAUGUGGAAGAAGGACUUUCUGCAUUUCUCCCAACAAAUGCAAACUCUGCAGGAAGCAUUCCAGAACAUGCAGCAGUCCACACAGUGUGACUUGCAGACGAUAAGAGCAGACAUGAAGAAUGAACUAGAAAGGACAGUGGAGGCAAAUACAGGGACCAUGGAAUCCAUGUGGAAGAAGGACUUUCUGCAUUUCUCCCAACAAAUGCAAACUCUGCAGGAAGCAUUCCAGAACAUGCAGCGGUCCACACAGUGUGACCUGCAGAUGAUAAGAGCCGACAUGAAGAAUGAACUAGGAAGGAGAGUGAAGGAAAAUACCUCAAGGGUCCUGGAAUCCAUUCAGCUGAUGGACAUCCAGCAGCUCUCCCAGGAAAUCCAAGUUCUGGAAAAAACUCAGACUGCAUUGGGGUCUACAAAAUAUGACUUAGACCUUCCAGUCCUACGGUCCUACAAAGGAGAUGUCAUCCUGGAUGCUGACACAGCUCAUCCCAGACUGGAAAUAUCUGCAGAUGGGAGGACAGUGAAAGAUACUGGUGUCAUCAGAUUCUUGCUCGAAAAUGAGAAGAGAUUUGAUUCCCAUCUGUUUGUGUUGGCAAAGGAAGGAUACACUUCUGGGAAACACUAUUGGGAAGUAAAUGUUGGGACAAGAAGAAACUGGGCCUUGGGUAUUGCCUGUGAAUCUGUGCCUCGCAAAGGCACUUUGACUCUGUGUCCUGAGAAUGGCUUCUGGGUUAUCGCCUGUGUAGAUGGGCAAGAUUAUUUGGCCUGCACAAAUCCUUGGACCUGUCUGACUGUGACUGGCUAUUUGUCACAGAUUGGGAUCUUCCUGGACAUCCCAGCCAAGAAAGUUUCUUUUUAUGAUGUCUUUAAGGCAGUAGUUUUGUGCACUUUGAGUAUUGCUGAUGGCAGCAGACAGGAAGGCAAAUUCCUUCCCUUCUUCUCUACAGGCCUUGCUGCUGCUGAGCCUGACACUGAGCCGCUAGCAAUACUGCAGUUUUCUGAUGAUGAUGAUGAGUAGUUUAUUCUGCAUUUCAAAGGUCAAUACUGUGAUUGAAUCACAUUGUAAUCAGGCUGCUGAUUUGUGUCUUCCGAACAAAAGUAUUGAAGGAGAGGCCAAACCUGUCACAGUGGUCAGCUUUCUAAAUUAUGCAUCAAAAUGAAAAGUUUUUUGAGGGAAAUUUUAUGUUGUCAAGGGAAAUAAAUUUUCUUUCGUGGUACUAUUAAAAAACCCAUUUUUUGUGUAUUGUGAAUUUUCCUGAAAAAUUACUGUCUUGGGAUUUUGUUUUUGGUCUCAUACAAUUUUUGGUUUUUUUGUGUCUGGGGUGGUCACUGAUCCUACCCCCUCUCCCCCCACCCCAGUCCCCCAGACUUUGGGAUCAUCAGGAUGAGUGAGAGCCAGACCAGGGUUUCCAGCAAGAGUUAGGGGCAGAGUGAGGGGCAGCUCCUUCCUCCUGGGCAGGCUUUUUGGCUGGCCAGGCACCUGGUUUCUCUGACUAGAGAUACUGCUGCUCUGUGGGUUUGGCCUGUUUAUUUUUGUUUCUUUUCCUUCCUCUGUUUUUUUUGGAUCAAUAUUAGCGUUGCCCUUAGGCAUCCUGCAGAUGCACUAGAGUCUCAUGAGGUUCUUAUUUCACCUCAUAAAGUUUAGAACAAUUGAUUUGCCUUGGCAUUGCUUGUUUAAAGCCAAAUUUUUGAUAUUGUCCCAGGAAAUCCUUCCCUUCCCUGGUAUUGGGGUCCCAGUGGGGGUCCAGGGAGGAAAAGUGCUCUUCAGCAGUUCCUGUGGUAGCCUGCCCUCUGUGUCUAUUCUGUUCACCUUCCUCCUACUAGUCUGAAGUACUGUCUCUUUAUCUGUACAAUCGACUGAAUUAUCUAGCAGAACCUGUAUAUCCAGUCAGUCUGGGUCUUGAAAAUGGUUUCAAAUACUUUAGGUAGUCUCUCCAGAUCUUCGCUAAAAAGAAGAAGUGAGGCAUCUCACCCAUGCCUCAAGAUCGAUUGGAAGAGAAAGGUACUUCACCAUAACCAGGCCAUGAGAGACUUUCUGUUUACCCCAGGUUCACCCCAACACUAGCCUCUCCUUUUGCAGUUUCAGAUGGUUAAAUAAAAUAAUAAAUCCACAUAAGGCAAUUCAUUCAAUUUCCCUCUCCCCUUCCCUAAACUAAGGUACCAUUCUCUGGCCACUUAAACUGGUAGUUUAGCUGGUAUACUGGCCACCACUGAUGACAAUAUUGGAUUAGUCUAGGUUUAUUUGGUGGGUCUCCUCCAGUCUGUUUCCAGUUUUUCAAUACACAUUUCAAUGGAGGAUUGAAAUCUCUCACUUUAGUUUUAGAAGAAACCGGCCCCAUUUUCAAUAAUUCCAAAUAUACAAGGUAUUAUCUCUGAAAGUUACAAUGGUAUUUCCAGGUUUGUAAUGGAAGGGGGAGUGGGGAAGAGAAAGACUGCCAAACGGGCAAUCACUAAAACUGACACAAGAGGGUGUUUCAAGCCCACAAAUGCGAUCUCAGCCACAAAACUAAAGCAAUUCCAAGACACCAGCAGACACUCAAUUACGCUCCAACAGUCUCUCAGCAAAUGAAUUUUUAUAUCACGGGUAUCCCCAUGUUGAUAUGCUGGAAAACUCAAAUCAACACAACACUCUCACAUGAACACACUCUCGGAGUUCAAGAAGAAUGCAAAGAAUGCAAAGGAAUUCACCGAAUUUCACCACAAAAGUGGCUCCAGAUGAGGCUGGGUUUCGAUUGUAAAUGGAGACUGGCUUUUUUUUUCUUCCUUCAUUCCUCUGUUGUGAUGUGGUUUUUUGUUUUCCUAGUAGGCUUAUUGUUUGAUUUGUAAUUUGAUAAUUUCUUUACGCUGUUUCCUUUUUGUUCCCACCUUUUCCCAGAAUUUUCGUCACUCCUCCUGUUAUUAGCUGCUAGUUUCCAUUUCUCCAAACUCUGUUGUCAGUUUACUGAAAGUGUUCUCCUCCCUUGGGAUUUUUAUUGGUUUACACAUUGUAAUCACUGCCUGGUUUUUCACUCCCAAUUCUCCUGAUUUGUUAAAGAUUGUACUCUCCCUGAGACCUGCCCCCAAAAUAUAAACUCCUUUGUCCCUGGGAAGAUUGGGGUCCCGGGAAGAG